GCUAAAUUUCUUCGCAUCCUCAUACUUCUUUCUUCCUCUCCGUUCUUCAUUUUUUUUCUUCACCUUUCAACUAGUGGCUUAGCACCGUCGCGAACCAGCAAGCCAUUCUUUUCAAGAUACCCUAACCUGCCCACCUCUGGAGGCGCCGCGGCUCUUUGUUUCCUUUUGUUUCCCCAUACAAUUGUGAGCUCGAGGCCGUGGCGCGCGCUUCAUGUCAAGGCCGCUGCCUUGGGGUGAGCUCAACUCCAUCGCGGACACCGACCCGGCGCUGCUGAACUACAUCACGAGCUACUUCCGUCAGAGGGCAGCCUUGCGCCGCCUUGGCCUGCCAUAUCCGUCUCUGCAGGAGGGCGAGGAAGUGCCUGACUUGCCCGCCCGUGGUGCGCGGAGCACCCAGCAGCCAACCAAAAUGACAUCAACUACUUCCACCGCUACACCGGUGAAGCAUUCAUUUGAUGCCAGGGUUGCCGCCGUUCGCUUUCCCAAAAGCGAUAUCAAUGCCGUGAUUCUUGACUACCUGACCUUGGAGGGCUACCCCAUGGCUGCUGCAAAUUUUGCCAAGGAAGCAAACAUUCCUGCCCAGCAGGACGAUGCUUCUAUCAUGGCGAGGCACGAGAUCCAGAACCACAUUCACAAAGGCAGCAUCAAGGCCGCCAUAGAGGGCCUGAACGACCUUGACCCUGAGAUCCUGGGCAAAAACCCCCCGUUGCACUUUGCUCUUCUUCGCCUUCAGCUUGUCGAACUCAUUCGGUCCUCCAACGGCGAUGACAUUGCUGAUGCGGUCACAUUUGCUCAGGAGCAACUGGGGCCGCGGGCACCGGCAAGCAAAGAGUUCACUGAGGAUCUCGAGCUGACCAUGUCCCUGCUCUUUUUCUCACGCGAUAAUGUUCCACCUGGGGUGCGGCGUCUUCUGCAUCCGGAUCUUCGGAGAGAAGUCGCCGACAGUGUCAACAAGGCAAUCUUGGCCCAGCAGAGUCAGCGAUGCAUGACUGCAAUAAGCGAGCUUCUUAAGCUGCGAGCCUGGACUGAGAACACCGCCAGGCUUCGCAAGAUCGAACUGCCCAGCCGCCUAGACCUUGGCCUCAACUGCGACGACGGCGACAUGGCUGAUGAUCGGCUGCAUGAGAACGGACACGAGCCAAUGGUGACGACAUGACCGCCGCGGCUGUCGAAACCUAGUCUCAACUCCUGGUCUACGUGUCGCAUGAGGAGGCGUCUCGCGCAAUCGAGUGAUUGUGACUAGGCUUGUCUAUCGUGGUGUGCUCCGUUAUUCACAUUCAUAUGGAGACCCGAGCGUCGCAGCUUUGUGGGUUUUCCGUUUCUUUUUAUCCUCGUUUUAAUCCAGGCGGCGUAACAGAGCAGCACCCCCUUUUGACGGCGAACAAGGCUUGUUUCUUUCUCGGCUUCAAGGGGGGAUAAACGAACAAAUACACAAGCAGGGCUGCAAGUGUGGUCUCAUUCAAUUUUGUCUUGAUAGUGUAUAGCACUGUUGGUUGCGUGCUGUGCGUUGCUUUCAAAUAGUCAUGCUCGGGUCUGGCCGAGUGCGCCGGCGUUUCGAGUGGUUCCUGGAGUUUGUAGAAGGAGUGCUCCGUUGGGCAAGUGGGUGAGAGGUAUUGAUGAUGGGAAUGAGCAAUGUUUAUGAAUAGCAAUACUUCCUGAACUCAUUUAUUCCCCACCACCAUAUGUUUUAAGCAUGACUGUUUAUGUUCGGGGGCAUAAAGGCCUGGUGAUGUGACGGAAGGUAGGUUAGGGCCAGGGAAGCCAAUUGCACGCGUAUAAAUGUACCCGCUAUAUACACAACAGCACAGCGAUUGCCUUCGCUGAUCCAGCGUCUUGCUGACCAACGCC